AUGAUUCUUUUGAAUCUGUCUUUUCUAUUUUUUCAUGUUAUUUUAUCAUUGGUGAAGAGUGGAGUAGUUUUGAAGACGACAACGUUUAUUAUUUCAUCUAAAACGGUCCAAGAAUGUGUAGAUACCCAAUGCACCUCUUCAAUGAAUUUUAAAGACUAUUUCGAGUGCUCCAAUGUGGAUUACAAUCAAUCAAUAUUUACAACGGUGUUCACAUUGAGUAUUCCGGAAAGUGUGACUUCGAUGAACUCGACGUUUCUCUUGACCACAAAGAAAAAUUUGGAUAGGUAUAGUCCCCCGUCUUUUAUGUCGAUAAGUGUCAAUGGCGAAGAGCUUAGACUCGGGGAGUUAAGUCACGAAUACACUACUGCUGAUGACUCUUGCUGCUUUUCUAAUUAUUCGAUAUUCACACAAACCUCAUUCUUCAGAUCAGGCAAAAACGUGAUAAGUAUAACACCACAGACAAAUAUAGUGUGUCUCUCUUCUUUCCAAAUUACUGUGCAAUACUACUUACACCUUCCUGAUAUCUUCGACGUCACUCCAACUGCUGGGCCGAUCAGUGGAGGGACUCAUGUGACAAUAUAUGCUGCCGAUAUUGAUAAAGAACAGACGUACUUUUGCUUCUUUGGUAAUGAGAAAUCGUUAUUUACUGCGACUUCUUCGAACACCGGGAAUUGCACAACACCAAAAAUCGAGAGUGUUGGAAACGUCUCGUUUUAUUUGGGGUUCUCUGCAGAAGACCCAAAACCAACAACAACACAGAAUUUCACAUUUUAUGACAUCACUAUAACAGACGCAAAUUUCGAAAAGUAUGAGGGAAACUCCAUCAUCAGAAUCACUGGAAGUGGUUUCAUUAACACAAAGACUCUUCUCUGUUUCAUUCAAAAACAACGCGAUUCGCCGAAUGCCACUCUCUCUUCUUUUAGAGAAGAUUACAAUGUUCUCAAUUUCACUGCAGAGUUUAUCGACACAUCACAUGUGGCAUGUCAAGUCACUGAUAUCAACGAGGGGAAGUACUUGAUUGGGCUCAGUUUGAAUACAGCGGAUAUUGUCUGGAGUAACAGCGCAGUGUAUUACAGUAAGUCCCAUAUUGACUCGCGGUGGAUAGUACUUUUGGUCAUAUUAGUAGUCAUCAUUUUCUUUGUUGUUGUUUUAACAGGCCUUGGCAUUUUCAUUCGCAAAAAGAAGCAGAACACCAUUGAAAUUGUUCAAAACAUUUCAACACGCGAAAUAGUGUGUGAGGAGAUCAUAGGGAAAGGGUCUUUUGGGGAUGUCUGGAGCGCGACGUGGAAAGGCCAAGAGAUAGCCGUGAAGCUGAUUCCACUUGAAAAGGUUCAAAAGGGUAAAUUGAAGCAAACAAUGAAAGAAGUUGAGUUAAUGAGUUCAUUGCGGCACCCCUGUGUUUUACAAUUCUUUGGGUCAGGGAUGGACGAGAAGUUUUUGUUGAUAGCAAUGGAGUUGAUGACGAAUGGAACUGCACGAGAGAUUCUUGACAAUUCGAUGAUCGAAUUGUAUUGGGAAAAACGACUGAGGAUGUUGAAAGAUUGUGCGAGUGGGAUGGUCUAUUUACAUCACUGUAAACCGCCUAUCAUCCACCGAGACUUGAAAACUAAUAACUUGCUAGUGGAUGAUAAUUGGUGUGUUAAAGUGUCAGAUUUCGGACUAAGUGUCCCACUGUAUGGCGAAGAGAUAAACCCAACUGCUAUAUGUGGUACACUCAGUUGGAUGGCACCAGAAGCGUUAUUAAAUAAACCAUAUGGCACAAAAAUCGAUGUGUACAGCUUUGGCAUUGUACUAUGGGAAUUUCUUACAAGAAAGAGACCGUACGGUAAAAUGGAUCCACAUGAAAUCCUUACGAAAGUCAGUCAAAAAGGAAUGAGACCGGAUAUUCCGAAGGAUGAGUGUGAGGUCAAAGGAUAUGUUAACUUCAUGCAAAUGUGUUGGGAAGAGUCACCUGAAAAUAGGCCCACUUUUGAUCAAAUAGUCGACAAAAUAUCGGAAAUGAUAGAUGAAAUGGAUAAUUUAGAUAAAAGCAAAGAAGAAGAUGAAGAAGUGGAGGAAGAGGGAGACGAACGAACACCACUCAUUUAA